ACAACUACAACAACAACAACAACAACCAGUACAAGCACCAACAACAACAACAAAAUCAACAACAAGAACCUCAUCGACGGCGUCAAUUGCGACGAUGGCUGCCAUAAAUACGGUCCCGAAGAGCAUCCACCUGCCACUGACGACUCUCAGCAGCGCGCCGCGCGUGUUGAUGUGCAGCGCCUCCGUGGGGAGCGAAGGAUCCGUGACUCUGCAACUGCGGGAUGCGAACGCCUUGGAGGCGGCGGCCACGAAAUCAGCGACAUCAGCCGUCUCAUCGACGACGUCACCAAAUGGCGCCGCUGCCGGUGCACCAGCGUCAACGCUAGAGAAUGCGCUGACCAUCGGCUAUCCGGAUCCGGAAAUGUUGGCAGAUGUCUUGGGCACAAUUCAGACAGCCUCUCUCAAGAACAACAACUCAAUCACAGCAGCAACUUCAAGCAAUAGCUCGGCCAAGUCGGCGGGCAGCAAUCAUCUGAGUAACCCCAAUAAGAUAACCAUAACCAGGAGGAGUGUCCAGUCGGUCAGCACCUCGACCAGUUCGAGUAUCAGCAGCAGCAGUGGCAAGACGAACACCAGCUACAUCAAGAACUGCUUGAUCCGCAGCAGCAGCUGCAGCAACACGGUCACCAAUGUCACCACAUUGGCGCAGAUUAUGAGCAACAGCAGCACGAGCAGCGCGGCCAGUUUACUCAAUCAGCACAACAACAACAGCAACUGCAGCAACAGCAGCAACUUCAGCACCGCCUCCUCGGUGGGCAGCAGCAUCAGUGUCGGCAGCAACAGCAGCAGCGGCAGCAACAGCAACAGCAACAGCAGUGGCAGCAACAGUAGCAACAGCAACAGAGGAGGUGGACACAGCUUGAGUUUCAAGGGCACCGGGCGGCAUGUCCCCUCAACUGGAUUGAUCGGUGCAUCGGCGGCAGCCACAAGCGGUACAAAUAGCGGUACUUCUAGUACUAGUAUUGGUGGCAUCAUCAGCGUUGAAGCGCCGCGCAAGAAUCGACCCAAAUUAUCAUCGCCAACGCGUCACGGACCGCAGCAGUGUCAGAUUUGUUGCAAGAUCUUUGGAAAUGCCUCGGCGCUGGCCAAGCACAAACUGACGCACAGCGACGAGCGGAAAUACAUCUGUGCGCUCUGCUCGAAGGCAUUCAAGCGGCAAGAUCACUUAAACGGACACAUGAUGACUCAUCGGAACAAGAAGCCUUACGAGUGUAAGGCGGACGGGUGCGGCAAGUCCUACUGCGAUGCCAGAUCCCUGAGGCGCCACUCGGAGAACCACCAUGCGGGCGGUGCAGCCACGCCCACCACCAGCCAGUCCCUAUCGCCCACCGCCAGUUCGAGUGGCACCAGUGUGGCCACCAGCUCGCUGAGUCUCUCCCCAGCCACGGCGAGUGGUGAUGCCAGUUCCCCGGACGGAGCAACCUGCAUCCGGACGUACAUCUCCACCGGCAGCUCGGUGGUGGAUGCGGCCACCGGGAUCGCUCUGUCGGAGGAGCAGAUCAAGGCCAUGAACCUGCCCAUCAAGACGGGCGUCACUCUGCUCUCGCCCACCACCUCGACCUCCUCGAAUGCCUCUUCGAAUGCCUCCUCGUCUGCCAGCUCGUCGCUUUCCUCGGCGGGAUCUGGUUCGGGAUCGGUUUCGGGAUCAGUUUCGGGUUCGGGUUCGGGGUCAGUGGCGAUGGCCCCCUCGCCAUCCAGCAACAGUCAGGUGAUGGCCUCCAGUUCGCCCACCAUCACUCUCAGCGAUGGAAUGAGUCUCGAGGGCGAGGGCCUCACCCGCGAGCAGUUGGAUCUCAUCAGCAAGAUUAUGCAGCAAACGAAGCAGACGAGUGCCCAGGUCACCGUCUCCUCGCCCACCAGUGUCAGCUCCUACAAGAUCAACACGAACUCCUCGUCCUCGCAGAACAGACCGCGCACCUGGAACAUGCAAUUGUUAAAUAGUGCACAGAAUGUGACUGUCACCGUGGAGGACAACUCCGAACUGGUGGCUCCCUCCUCGAAUUCUCCCGUGGAAGUGAAGGAGGAGGAGCUGAGUCCACAGCUCGUGGGCACCAUGAAUUCCCACCUGCUCAACAUCGUCAAGCUCGACAAACCGGUCGAGUGCAAUCUCUGUCACCGAAAGUUCAAAAACAUACCCGCCCUCAAUGGGCACAUGCGUCUGCAUGGCGGCUACUACAAAAAGGAUCCGGAAACCAAGCGAAGCGAGAAGAAGGACUCCAGUGGUCCCCCCUUGCAGACGGCCAGCAUUGGAGUGAGAGCUCUCAUCGAGGAGAAGAUCAUCAGCAAGCGCAAGGACAUGACUAAGGGUUCCUUUGUGGUUCCUGCACCGCCGCACAGUAGUGGCGCCACCACCACCCUGCGUCGAUCGAUCAGCGAUCUGGAGAGCUUCCUCAACCCGAAGACGAGCACCAGCAGUCACACCCAGACGAUGACCACCAGCACGGGCACCACGACGGCGGUUCUCCCGGCGGCCACCACCAUAAAGAGCAGCAACGGGCUGAGCAUUCAGCAGAUUGGCCUGCCCCAGAGCAUCGAGAUCUUCAGCGGAGGUCAGAAGCAGGCGAAGACCCUCAAUCUGGGCACGGGAACCAAUACGAUCACCAUUACCACCAACAACGUGCCCACCACCACGACAAUGAGUGCUCUCACAGCUCUUAAAGCAGGAGGCACCAUCAGCGGGAUAUCCACGGCCACCAACACGGAUCCCAAGGACUCCACCCUCAUUGAACUUCUGAAGAGGGGAACUCGCAUUGCGGUCACCUCUAAGAAAAACCAAUCCCAAGGACAAACUGGCUCUGGUUUAAUGAUGACCUCCAGUGGAACGACCACAAAUGAGUUGACCACUUUGGGUAACAGUGGUGUGCAGACCGUCGGAAGGCAGAUCAUAACCAACAACAACAGGACGGUGAUCAUCCCCUCCGAUGUUCAGGUGGUGUCCACCAAGAGCAAGCUGAGCAGCUUGAGUGGUUUGGUGAAGGGUAACAUCACCAGCAGUUCCUCGGGAAAUCUCUCCCUGGCGGAUGGCACCCCGCUCUCCCUGACAAUCGCUCCCAACCAGGAGCUCCAAGCCGGAGGAGCAGGAUCCUCCGGAACGGGGAAUGUGAUCAGCGGCGGGGAGGGAGGAGUCUACACGGUGACCUACACCAGUGAUGGCACCGAUCUCUUCGACGACGCGGAGGUGUACAACGUUUCGGAUACCGAGAUGCUGCUGCAAACAGUGGACUCCAUGGAGCUGCUCAACGACGAGGAGGACGAGCCGCAGAUCAAGAGCGAACAUUCCGAGGACUUUGCCCUGCUGAGCGAAGCGGGCGACAGUGCGCACACCCAGCUGGUGAAGCUGGAGCCGGAGCAGGUCAACUCCGGAGGCGGAAACGGAACCGGAAAUGGAAACGGAUCCAGUGCGAACACCACGCCGCUGCCCACCUUCCAGCAAUUCCAUUCCAAGGAGCUGAUCAUGCAGAACAGCUCGCAGAUCCAGGCGAUAGCCAGCAUGCGGGGAAGCGGAGUCCUGGCUUCGCCGCUCCACUCUCCCCUCGCUUAUCCCACUCCUCCCUCGAGUCACGAGAACAUGGCCCAGAGUUCCCCGUUCAUCGAGGAUGCGGCCGCCCAGUUCGUGGAUGCCAGCAACACCUUCUUCGGGGAUAAGACCGAUUUCUCGCACAUCUACUUCAAGACGGAUGAGGGCGAGGCCACCAUUGAGCAGAUGAACGAGCACGACAACGAGAAGAUCCUGAAACUGAAGUCCGUGCUGGAGGAGAGCACCUUUGAUCCUUCAAUUAAAGUAGAAGAUUUAUUAAAUGGCGCAGAUGAUGACACGGAGUGCGAUUUGCGGGAGUUUGCAGAGACGAAUCUCUCUUUUCUGGAUGAAGAUCAGGAGUUUUUGAAUGACUCCAGGAAUGCCACCUCCCCGCUCUCGGAAUCCUUCUUCACCAGCGGCAUUGGUUCUGCGGAGGAUGUUAAGCAGGUUCUAAGGGAAGUCCUUCCGGAUGAGAAUAUGCAACUGCAACUUACCAGCGAGCAGCAGGGCGAGAACAUCAUCGAUCUCUACUAUCUUCCCGGAUUGGGUUUGCAAUCCCAGAUGAUGUCCAAUUCAGAGGACCCCUUGCUCUCCUCCUCCCCUCGCGAUUUUGGCCAGCAGAGGCAGCAGUUGGGACUCCAGGCCACCUCCAUGCAGCAACCUCUGGAACAGCAACUUCAGAACAACAGCAACCUCUACCAGCAGCAGCAAGAACAACAGCAGCAGCAGCAACAACAGGAGCAGCAGCAGCAGCAGCAAUCGCAGCAGGAGCAACCGCAACAGCAACAUCAGCAACAGCAACAGCAAUUGCUAAUGCCCCAACAGGCACUCAACCAAUCUGAAUCCCUGCCAGCGGUGGGUCAGCAGCAGCAGCAGCAGGGUGACUUCAUGAUGCCCCUCGUGGGUGGCCAUGGGUUCACCCAAGUGGCCAGCCAAACCCAGUACAUGGACAGCGGGGGACAGGGGGGAAUGCAGGGGAUGCAGCCCCUCAACAGCCUGCUGCAACCACUGCUCUUCGGCGGGGCAACCACAUCUAAUGGCAGCGCCGCAGGCGGGGGCAAUGAAACCACCACUCUGCUCACCGCCACCGAUUGCCAAAUGAAUGCCAAUCAAGGCCAAAUCGAUGCCAGUCUGCUGUUUGCCUGUGGCAACACAACAACAACAAUAGCAGCAGCAACGGGAGGAGGAGGAGUGGUUAAUAAACCUCUGGCCAAUCCGCCGAGCGUGGCCAAUCUGCAGCCGCUGUCGAACCAAACCAAUUCCAUUCUGAAGCGCCGACUGCGCAGCAAUGCCCCCCAGGAGACGCACAAGUUCUCCAAGUUCCACACCCUCUCCCCGCAUCGAUCCAAGCUGCGCAAGCCAUCCCGCACCCACUACACUCCUGCUCCCAUCCUGAAUCCGGAUCGAAAGGGCACCGGACUCUACUGCAAUGUGCGCAAGCAACUCGGUCAGGGAUUGUUCGACGCCUUCGACGACGACUUCGGGGAUUCCGUUGGACUGGUCGACUUCUCGGACGAGUCCAAGGUCAAUCUGGGUUCCACCUACCAGGCGCAGAUUCCCAGCUGUCGACCGAUGGAGGAGGCGGUCAGGGAUUCCCCCUGCGCCGAGCUGAUGUGGAAUCCCGAGGUGCAGGAGGACGACAAGAUCCUGAUGCGCUACAUUGAUCUCAGCAAGUCCUCGGCCGUUCCCAUGGGCAGUCAUUCCGAGGAGGUGGCGCUCCACACGCUGCUCAAGGCUAAGGGCAACUCGGCGGCGGCCGUUCUGAGUCUGCUCCAAACCCAGUCAGGCGCCUUCCAGAUGAAGUGGACCGCCUACGAGUUGGAGCAGUUCCUGCGGGGACUGGAGAAGCACGGCAAGGACUUCGGCAAGAUCGCCAGCGAGCUCCAGACAAAAUCCUCCGGCGAGUGCGUGCAGAUGUACUACUUCUGGAAGAAGCUGUGCGUGGACUACAAGGUGUCGCACCUGAAAAUGGAGCCCGUGGUCGUAAUUACACCCGCCGUGGAGAAGCCCUACGUCUGCGAGAUCGCCGACUGUUCAGCGAGCUUCAGCUCGAAAGCAGCGCUGCACGGCCAUGUCCGCAUUCACGCUUACGGUCGCAGUGCCAGCAGCAACACCAACAACAGCAGCAGCAGUGGCAACAGCAACACGAACAACAGCAGCAGCAGCAACCUGCAACACGCCACGGCCAAUAGUGGCAACACGAACAGCAACAACAGCAGCAGCAACAACGGCAACAGCAGCAGCUACGCAUGUGCAACACUAACCGGCGGCGGCAGCAGCAACAGCAACAACGCAACAUGCAACGCCACGCAGGCAGCAGCAACACACAACAGCAACUUGGCUCAGAACGGCGGCAACUGCAACACCAAUCAGAUUGCAACGACGGCAACUUCGUCGGCGCUUUCGGGCACGCCCAAAUUGGACGUGGGACUGGGCGGUGGCACCUUACCGCUUCCCAAGGAGGGCGAGUUCCCCUGCAAGGUGUGCGGCAAGGUCUUCAAUAAGGUGAAGAGUCGCAGUGCGCACAUGAAGACGCACCGGGUCCAGGAACCGGAUCAGAAACACCAGCUGAACCAGCAGGCUGCUGCAGGAUUGACCACCGUCGCCUCAUCAACCAUUAUAGCACCCUCAUAGGGAUCGACCGAUCUGGAGGAGGAAUAAGGAAUAAGGAUUGCGAAUCAGCAUGGCGAAUAUAUAGUAGCAAACAAACAAAAUCGAUUGACAAUCGCAUUAAGCAAGCAGCAAAGCAUUGUUUACCACUGUUAGAAUUUAUGCUUAGACGAAUUUGAGUCGAAAAAUCAAUGUCACGUGUACGUAGUAGUUAAAGGCAUUUCUUCACUAGCUCUAUCUCUAUCUCUCAAGCCCCUAAACCCCACUCUCUCUCUCUCUUUCUAUCAAUCACUUCUCUAACUUUGCCCUAAGUAGAAGACACUGCGAUUCGCUGUAGGUUUAAGUCUAGCCAAGGAUUGGCCCAAGUUCAAAUUGAAUUGUUAUCGACUAUUGUAGGCAAGUGCAAUAUUUAUGUUGAAGUAAUACGAAUACGAAUAUGUAAGUGUAUACCUACCGUUUUUUAUAGUAGGCGUUUAUUCUGCUCGACUCGACUGUAGAUGUACUCUAAACCUAAAUCUAAAACUAAAUCUAAAUCUAAAACUAUAGCACAACUAUGGCUAAAGCUGCGGCGAAACCCCGAUCUAUGAUAAACACUAGUGCAUAAUUACUGUUAACUACAAGUUUUUCUACUCAAAUACUCGUACAUAGUUACAACACACUACACUGAUACUUUACUAGGGCGAUAAAUGUGUAGCAAGUAAGAGAAUCUCUAUAUAUAUAUACAUACUUGAUAUGAUUACAUGCCUAGGUGUACGAUGUAUGCGAUAUAUGAUUGUUGUUCUAGUUUUAACGACGCAAGUCACCAACUCCGAGUAGUUGAAGUUUUACUUAGAUCGUACUUACCUACCUACAAACCCGAACUAUUGAACUAUGGCUUAGAGACCGAAAAACAAAAGAAAACAAAAAAUAUAAAACCCAAGAGAAAAUCUAGUGAAAUCAAGUGAUAUUGAGUGAGAUCAAAAACGAUUUUAGCUAAACGUGAACAAAAUUCAAUGCACACCAAUGUAAAUGGCAGUUGAGAAAGUUUUAACUUUACUUUUAACGCAAGUUGUAGGUUGUAAGACACUGUAAAUAAGAGUCUAGCAAAUUAACCGAUAAGGAAGGAUAUCUUUCAAAUUUCUCCAAAACGCAUAAAAGACAUUAAUCUAUUUAUAAUUCUAGAUCCCAAUCCCCCUUGUUCCCCUCUCCACAAGCCACAAGCCACAGAAACACACACGAACACAGACAACGAGGGUUCAAACUCUGAAUUCGGAACCCAAAAACCCCCAAACCCAAAAAACAGAAAACACAGAGACACUCUCAGUGCAGUUUUAUAUAGACCUAGGGUAUACAUAGUUAUUAUAUACAAGCAUAUAUUAAAUUAAAUGGUACAACAGUAAAUCUGCCAGUAAUUUGAACAACAACAAGAAUCACACGUUUUCCAUUUGGACAGUGAGCUAAUGUACUACAACAAAUCGAUCGAUUGAUUCAACCUUUUUGAGGCCAAAAGCCGGGUGGUAUGUUAUAUUGACAAUGGCGUAAAUUAAUCUAGUUUAAUGUAAACCAAAGCAUGCAGGGCUAAAACCAGAAAACCAAAUUAAGUACUCACGUUUAGUCUAAUGCCUUCCGCCCCUUUCCACUGCAAAACAUCCUACUUCACUGAGAGAAUCCGGACAGAAAUUUGGAAGAUGGAAACUAUUAGCAAUUCUUAUGGUUGUAUUCGCCAGUUGUGUGCGUGAAUUUUUCUAUCGUACAAUACGAAACACUACGAAUCAGGUGCUGUAAAUAAAAGAGAGAUAUACAAAUCAUCCCCGACACUUAGGAAGCCCAUUUGAAAGGCGGACUCAUCACCAGCCUGCAGUUCUAUUUCCUGUCCUUGUGUUCGCAAUAGCAUUAGUAACCAUACAAUAGUCAUAGGUUUAGUUGACGGACAGCAUACUUCUGCAUAUUUUUCGGUGUUAUAUACAAUAAGCGUAAGCCAGUUAUACAAGAAACCAAACAAAAAACAAAGUACAGCCACAGCUACAGCAACCCACCAUAAAGCACCUUCAAGAACUGUUCGAUGUGGGCCUUCGAAGCCGUUUAAAGACUUUCUCGCGUACAAAUAAUCGAGUCCUGUGAAUCCCUUUCCAUCCAUGUAAUGGCCAUCCUUUGUUGUGUGCAUUUUCUCUACACGUCUUCCGCUUCCAUUUCCGCUUCCACUUCCACCUUCGUUUCCGCCGUUUCCGUUUCCGCCUGAGUUGGUCCAACUACUCUGUUCUGUUCUGUUCGAUUCUGUUCUAUGCUCAAAUGCCUUCAAGCGUAAGUCUUAAGUAUUAUUGAAUAAAGUAUCCGCAAAUGAGUGUUUAUCCCUAAGUAAGUGUUCAAAUCUAGGCUAAUGUAAGCUUAAGUUGACAUGUGUGUGCACUUUGUUGCUGCUUUUCAGAAAAGUUUCCUAAAGACAAAGAAAAAUAAUGAAGUUAUAGUUAAGCAGCUGCUCGAACGUCUAGUCAAAUGCAGUAGAGAUAUCUCCUAAUUUAUUAUAUUUCGUUUUAAGUUUCAUUUACUGUGCCAAAAUGUUUAUCGUUUGCCAAUUAAAUGAUUUCAACUGUUUCAUUUUUCACCCGACCGUCUUGCGUUUUUCUUUAUUAUUUUGUUUUCCUAGACUAACCAAAGAUCGAGAAAAUAGAAAAGGACAAUCUGUGACAUUGAGUGCUACUUUCACUAUGUUUCCACGCGAUACUCGUACUAUAUUUUCCGGAAUCAUCUGCGAGAGCUCUGCGUCAGCGGUUCCUCCUCACUCACACUUUAUUCGAAUACUCUGCGUUGUGAUUGUUCAUUAAGCGAAUGUAAGAUAAACUACGUAUUCAAAAAUGUAACCUGUACAUAGAUGGUGACCCACAUGGGGUGCCAAUUUCCUCAAAAGCCAAACUAACUCUAGCUCAAGCGUCGAAUUCACUCGAAUCAUCAGUAUAUACGAUUUGUACUCCAAUCCAAAGACACUAUAUAGUUCUUCUCAGCAUCUGUUUGCAAUAUUUUGUAAAUCGUACAGAUACACAUACUACCAUUAAUGUCAUACCGACGAUUUGGGAGAAAACCGAAUAUUAAAGUUAGAGAACGCAACAGAAUUACUUCGAAAUACAAUACAAAACCUUUUGAAAUUGAAAACGAUUGAUAAUAGCUAUUAGACAUAUCAAUUUUAUUUAAACCGAAUCGAGAGAUCCAUUCAAGAAUAUAUAUAUAUAUAUAUGUAUACAUAGUCCGUACACCUUCGUGUACACAAAGUGCAUGUUUGCAUUCCUGUUUAGCGAGUAAGAGGACAUUUUAAGCGUCAUCGCAGUGACAGAUCACAGGACCUUCUGUGAGGCACCUCUUUCGAAUCUUUGCUUUCGAUGCGGAAUCUCAGAGUAUUUAGACUGACGAGUAAUAAAACGAUACGAAAUUAUGAGAUAUUACUUUGGACGCAUUCCACAAACCCUUCGUUUCUGUGCCGAAAGAGGAUCGAUCGCGAUCUGACCUACAAAAAGCGAUUUACUGCGAGACAAACUUUACCGCUCAGUAUUAAACGAAAUGCCCGGUCUGCAUCUGAAAAUAAGGACGGAAAAGGUCGGGCAGAUCGGCCCUGCUAUGAUUAAGUACCGUAUACAAAGAACUACACAAAUCUACGAUGUAAGUUUUAACUGUAAUAUGCAAAGAAACACUUUUAUAAAGAAGCAAACUGUUACUUUAUGGCAUUUAGUUGAGAUGCUGUAACCUCUUGUUGAUCGUAAAUUGUACGUAGCAUGUAAAACCUAUUUAACUCGCAGACACACACGAACUACACACACGAUUACCGCAUAAACAAAAUACAAAUAUAAAUGUAUUUAUACAGUGCUAAUAUUAAUAUUCUGAUAUGAACGAAUAUUUUAUGGUACAUCUAUAUAUGUACAUAAUAAGCGUAAAUGUAAACGUAAAUGUUUUCAUGGUUGUAAACUGAUGAUCAAAAAUAGAUUUAAACGAUUUUACAUGCUUUUAUUUAACGCAGAAUUACUUCGACCUUGCUUUACACUUUUUGGUACCUAAUAAUAUUUAAUAAUAACGUCACAUAUAAUGCAUUUCUUUCAACGAAAAACCGAAACAGAAACUGAAACAGAAACAGAAAAACGUCUCCUUCGUUCGACAUCAUUGUUCAUUGUUUUUACCAGACUUACAAUCUCACAAACAAUGCAAUGGACAAACGAAAUAUUUUCUGAACAUCUCACACUUUGAUAAGAAACGAUCAAUGUAAGCGAUAUUUGAAAAAAAGAAAAAAUCAUGAAUAUUCCCUCCAAAUAAUUUUUAAAAAAUUACGUAUUUGCUAGAAGUCAAAUCUCUGAUAACUGUAAUGAAACGAGACAGAGGGAAAAAUAUGUAAUGGUUCUUGGGGACUUUAGCUCAUACCGAUAAGGGGAAUCUGUCUUUAAUGGAGGAAUAAUGUAUUUAGCAUGAUGUUACCAGUUACAUUUAACGUAAUUACAAUUACAAUGAUUAUUGUGUAUUGCAUGUGUAUGUGAAGUGUAUGUAAUUACGAGUAAAUUCUACAAAAAACAAAAACCAAACAAAAACGAGAAAAUAUGGAAAGAGAAACUAUGGCACACUUUUGCCAUUUAAUAGUAGUCAAUUCUUCGAAACGCAUUAGGUUAAGUGUGAUGACAGCAUGAUGAUAUAUAUGGACACUAUUUUCUAAACGUAUUACAACAAUAAUUUAUGAAUUUGUUGGUAAUUUUAUACAUAUAUAUACACAGUUACUUUUGUUAGCUAGCAAAACGACAACGACAACUUAGGUAGCGCCGAGGUAGAUAAACUUUAUGAAUGUUGUACCCAAAGCCCACGCCCCGGACACCCGCGAGAGCACACUGUACAGGCACGAACCUCACGGCAGGACCUGCUCCGGGCAUCCUGGAACAGGUCCUUCGCAUCCUACCAAGCUAGUUAGGUCCGCGUCCCUCGGAACACGUUUUCUCCUCACAAAAACACACUCCACACACUCCACUCUCCACACUCACUGAUUACAAUCUCUGUUGAAUCUGUUGUACUCUGCCAUUUUUGGUGUGAUAUUCUAUUGGUUGUGGCGGUUAUUUUACAGCCGCUUUACACAUUGUUGCAUUUCUACUAAUCGUAUCUGGCCAAAACUGGGCCCAGGACAUGAUGAAAAACGAAUACUGAAGACCAGUAUAAUUAUGAAAUUAUAUAACUAUAACUUAUUCGAUUUCCUGUUGUUGUUUUAGUUGUACAUGCGUAAUGGAUUUUGAACUCGUUUUGACUAACUGUAACUGAUUGCCAAACUUUGUUAACUAUUUUAGUCCAUACAUACGUACAUACAUACUUUUAGGUUAAGCACUUGUAAUUUAAUCGAACAUGAUUUGAGCAAACUUAAUGAAAAUGAACUAAACUUACAAAAACACAAAACGAAAAUAAAGUGGUGGUCGUAACUAAA